UGUAAGCCUGAGGCAGGGGAAUUGCCACAAGUUACAGGUCAGCUUGCACUACAUAUCAAGUUUAUAGGCAACAGAGUGAGCCCCUGCUUUAAAAUAAGAGUCAAAAGAGGACUAGAGACAUAGGCCCGUGGUGGGGCAUUUACUUAGCAUGCACAUGUCCUGAGUUCAAGCCCUAUUAUUGCCAAAAAGAAGUUCAACUCAUAUACUCCAGCAAAUCCUCAAACUCAAAUUGUCUCCCACAUUCAAUACCGCGUAGCCCCAGUGACCUCAAAUUCCUUUUGUAGCCAAGAAUGACCUAGAACUUCUUGCCACCACCUCCUGGGGCACCGAUCCUAAAGCACCUACUUGGCUUGGUUUGCAGAUCUUUGAGAUGGAGUCUUGCUUUGUAGCCAAGGUGCCUUUGAAUUAUGCAGCUUAGGCAGGCCUUCAUAGACUCACAGCAAUCCUCCUGCCCCAGUCUCCCAACUUCUGGAGUUACAGGCUUGAACCAGUGUGCUCAACUAAGUUGUUUGUUUGUUUGUUUUUGAGACAGGGUUUCUUUGUGUAGCCCUAGAUGUACUAGAACUAAUUAUAUACACAAGCCUGGCCUCCAACUCAAAGAGAUCCACCCGCCUCUGCCUCCCAAGUGCUGGGAUUAAAGGCAUUCACCACCACUGCCCAGUUCAACUACGUUUUCUUAAAACAGAUGACAUUUACUAAGAUUAUUCUUGGGUGUGUAUGUUUUUGGUUGAAGUGUGGUAGCCUGCUUUUAAUUAUUUAUUUCUGGCUAUUGAUUUGUAUGUAAAAUUGCUUUCCCUAAAAUGGGAGAUGAUAAAAUUACCACUCUAAGACUCUAAGAAUAGAAAAGUAGAUCCGUUACUCAAUAAAGUUCAAAACGUUCAGAAACAAUCUCUGUGGAAGGCUACACAGACAAUGCCACUCUUGGGCAUCGUUCCCAUGGGUUAACACAUUCAAAUUAGCGCCAGAGAUGCAUUCCCAUCCAUCUCAUUUUGCUCAUCCCUAGAAGACGACACGUGUUGCUGACUGCACUGAGGCCACCUCCCUCAAACUGCGUGGCUCUCAUGACCCAUCCUAAGUCUCCCGGUCCAGGCUAAUCAUUGACAGGGCUUUACAAUCACAGGCUUUUGCUGGAAAGCUGAUAAAGACAGUCCAGCAGUUAGUGGCAAAUGAAGGCAGGCUGUGCAGCGGGGUCUCCAGGGAAUGAAUGGAUUUUCUUCAGCUCUGAUGAAAGAAACACACGCUCUAGGAAAACAAUGUCCAACAGGGCACUGCAAAGAUCUGUGGUGCUGUCAGCGCUUGUUCUGCUGCGAGCUGUUACCGGAUUCUCUGGAGACGGGAGAGCGCUAUGGGAUAAAAAACAUUAUGUGAGUCCGGUCAAUGCAAGUCAGCUGUUUCUCUAUGACACUUUCCCUAAAAACUUCUUCUGGGGUGUCGGGACUGGAGCAUUUCAAGUGGAAGGGAGUCGGCAGACAGACGGGCGAGGACCCUCGAUCUGGGAUCGUUUCAUCCACACACACCUGAGAGAUGUCAACAUCACAGCCAAGUCCGCCGACAGUUACGUGUUUCUGGAAAAGGACUUGUCGGCUCUGGAAUUUUUAGGAGUUUCUUUUUAUCAGUUCUCAAUCUCCUGGCCACGAUUGUUCCCCAAUGGAACAGUAGCAGCCGUGAAUGCAAAAGGUCUCCAGUACUACAACGCGCUUCUGGACUCGCUGAUACGCAGGAAUAUGGAGCCCAUCGUCACCUUAUACCAUUGGGAUUUGCCUUUGACACUACAGGAGGAGUAUGGGGGCUGGACAAACGCAACUCUGAUAGAUCUCUUCAAUGACUAUGCCACCUACUGCUUCCGGACCUUCGGGGACCGCGUCAAAUACUGGAUCACAAUUCACAACCCUUACCUCGUUGCUUGGCAUGGGUUUGGCACAGGUAUGCACGCGCCAGGAGAGAAGGGAAAUUUAACAGCUGUCUACACUGUGGGACACAACCUGAUCAAGGCUCAUGCGAAGGCAUGGCACAGCUACCACAAAGACUUCCGCCCCCGUCAGAAGGGCUGGCUGUCCAUCACCUUGGGGUCCCACUGGAUGGAACCAAACCGAACAGAGAACAUGGAGGAUGUACUCAACUGCCAGCACUCCAUGGCUUCCGUGCUGGGAUGGUUCGCCAACCCCAUCCACGGGAACGGCGACUACCCUGAGUACAUGAGGACGAUGGUCGGCAUGCCCGUGCUCUCUGAGGCAGAGAAGGAGGAGGUGAGGGGCACGGCCGACUUCUUUGCCUUUUCUUUCGGGCCUAACAAUUUCAGGCCCUUGAACAUGGUGAACGCAGUGAAAAUGGGACAAAACGUGUCACUCAACUUAAGACAGGUGCUGAACUGGAUUAAGCUAGAAUAUGACAACCCUCGGAUCUUGAUUUCGGAGAAUGGCUGGUUCACAGAUAGUUAUAUAAAGACGGAGGACACCACGGCCAUCUACAUGAUGAAGAAUUUCCUCAACCAGGUUCUUCAAGCCCUGAAGUUUGAUGACAUUCGAGUGUUUGGCUACACGGCCUGGUCCCUCCUGGAUGGCUUUGAAUGGCAGGACGCCUACACUACUCGCCGAGGGCUGUUUUAUGUGGACUUUAAUAGUGAGCAGAAAGAAAGGAGGCCCAAGUCCUCGGCGCACUACUACAGACAAAUCAUACGAGACAACGGUUUCCCUUUGAAAGAAUCCACGCCAGACAUGCGGGGGCAGUUUCCCUGUGACUUCUCCUGGGGAGUCACUGAGUCUGUUCUUAAGCCGGAGUUUAUGGUCUCCUCCCCCCAGUUUACCGACCCUCACCUGUAUGUGUGGAAUGCCACCGGUAACAGACUGCUACACCGCGUGGAAGGAGUAAGGCUUAAAACAAGACCAUCCCAGUGCACAGAUUACGUGAGCAUCAAAAAGCGAGUGGAGAUGUUGGCCAAAAUGAAAGUCACCCACUACCAGUUUGCUCUGGACUGGGCCUCUGUCCUUCCCACUGGCAGCCUGUCUGAAGUUAAUAGACAAGUGCUGAGGUACUAUAGGUGUGUGGUGAGCGAAGGACUGAAGCUGGGUGUCUCCCCCAUGGUGACAUUGUACCACCCCACGCACUCCCAUCUAGGCCUUCCGGAGCCACUCCGGAGCAGUGGGGGUUGGCUAAACACAUACACUGCCAAGGCCUUCCAGGACUAUGCGGGGCUGUGCUUCCGGGAACUGGGAGAUUUGGUGAAGCUCUGGAUCACCAUCAACGAGCCUAAUAGGCUGAGUGACAUGUACAACCGCACGAGUAAUGACACCUACCGUGCAGCCCACAACCUGAUGAUCGCCCAUGCCCAGGUCUGGCGCCUCUACGACAGGCAAUAUAGGCCGGUCCAGCGUGGGGCUGUGUCGCUGUCUCUACAUUCUGACUGGGCAGAACCUGCCAACCCCUAUGUGGACUCACACUGGAAAGCAGCCGAGCGCUUCCUCCAGUUUGAGAUCGCCUGGUUCGCAGAUCCGCUCUUCAAGACUGGGGACUACCCAUUGGCCAUGAAGGAGUACAUCGCCUCCAAGAACCAGCGAGGGCUGUCCAGCUCAGUCCUGCCGCGCUUCACCCCGGAAGAGAGCAGACUGGUGAAGGGCACCAUCGACUUCUACGCCCUGAACCACUUCACUACUAGGUUCGUGAUACACAAGCAGCUGAACAGUAGCCGCUCUGUUGCAGACAGGGACGUCCAGUUCCUGCAGGACAUCACACGCCUCAGCUCACCCAGUCGCUUAGCUGUAACGCCCUGGGGAGCACGUAAGCUGCUAGGGUGGAUUCAGAGGAACUACGGGGACAAGGAUAUCUACAUCACAGCCAAUGGCAUCGAUGACCUGGCUCUGGAGAAUGAUCGGAUCCGAAAGUACUACUUGGAGAAGUACGUCCAGGAGGCUCUGAAAGCCUACCUCAUUGACAAGGUCAAUAUCAAAGGCUAUUAUGCAUUCAAACUGACAGAAGAGAAAUCUAAGCCGAGAUUUGGAUUUUUCACAUCAGACUUCAAAGCUAAAUCCUCUGUAGAGUUUUACAGCAAGUUGAUCAGCAGCAGUGGCUUUCCUUCUGAGACCAGCAGGCCUGCAUGUGGCCAGGCAGCAGAAGACACCAAGUGCACCAUCUGCUCAUUCCUCACUCAGAAGAAACCACUGAUCUUCUUUGGUUGUUGCUUCAUCGCCACUCUGGCUCUACUACUGUCAAUCACCAUUUUUCAUCAUCGAAAGAGAAGAAAAUUUCGGAAAGCAAAGAACUUAGAAAAUAUACCAUUGAAAAAAGGCCAGAGUAGAGUUCUUAGCUAAAUUAUCAUUUCUGACAUGGUUUAAAGAUUCACUCCUGUUCCAAAUACUGGUAACUUACAACGCGAGAGACAGCUGUAACCAAGGUGAUGACAAUCGAUGCCUUUGCAGUGUGGUCCAAAUCCUUCCCUUUGGUAUUGACAAUCAGUCAGUGAAUGGAGUUCUUAGAGCUGAAGACUUCAUCUUGACAGGAAUUGUGGGGAUGACCCCAACAUGGCUAACAUGGUUUGAAGUUUGAAGCAUGUUUCACAUCAUUUUUCUCUAGCUCUUCUGUAAAUAGCAAUCACUAUUCAUGGUAAAGAAAUUAAUUUUAAGUGAAGUUCUGUUGUUUUAGACUUCAUAGUUUCAAACUAUUUUGCUGUUAUUGUUUUUUGAGACAGUGUCUAUUAUGUAGCUCAGGCUGUUCUGGAAUUCACAAGAUCCACCUGCUUCAGCCUUCUGAGUGCUGGGAUUAAGCACACCCAGCUAGGACUAUUCUUUAAACUGGACAGUUAGUGACAGAUGCUGUCACUUCUAACAAGGUGCUCUGAUAGAAGAGGUAGUCCUCAGGGGGAAUGUAGAAACAACAGAAUUUUAGAUGAUGCUCGUCCAUAGGCAGUUAAAGCAUAUGAUCUAAAACAUACAAAUCUUAGCUUUUCUUUUUUUCUUUUUCUUUUUUUAAAGAAAAACCAGGCAUUUUUUAAACGUCUGAUUUUGUGAGUUCCCUCUUCCUGAACUUCUGUUUUGGUAGGGGGGUGUGGGGGAGAAGGUUCAAAACAGGGUAUUUUUUUUUUGUAGCUGACUGUCCUGAAACUCGGUCUGUAGACAAGGAUGGCCUUGAACUCAGAGAUCCAUCUGCCUCUGCCUCCAGAGUGCUGGAACUAAAGGCAUGCCCACCAUAUCCAGGUUGGAGUUCUGAUUGUCUUGGAAAGAUCACAGGAUGGACAACUGGACCAAGUGUCUGUGAAGAUCACGUUCACUUAGUCUUACAGCACAGCAAUUUCCAUUUUAAAAUAAACUGGCAUCACCCCUAUUGCCCUGGAGGCAAGACGUCUGGCACACUUAGGAAAGUUAAAAACAUGUAGAUUUUACUAUGAGUAAAGGGCAAAGUCCUUACCAUUAUUCCUAGAGCUUCAUAACUUCUCAUGCACAUAGGUACAGAACACAACCAGGGUACCUGGACUGACAAAUCCAGCAUGUCAGUUUGAAUAAUUCUAUUUCACCUUUUAAGGCUAGCAUUAAGUAUAUCUCAAUUUGGAUAUUUUUGUAUUUGAUCACAAACACUAGAAUAAUUUGAAUGUGUACCCAUUCAUACCCAUUAUUUCAAGUCAAUAUAUAACCAUGUCACCUAGUCACUGUUAACCCUCUCCAGGAACUUAGGAGCCAAAGAAAAGUAGCUCUUCCAAAGAGCCUUGAGUAACAAAGCAUCCUAAAUGGUAAGGUGAUUUUAAUUGUCUUUCAGAUCUACCUAUUGUUAAGAUGUCAAGACAUAAUUAUUGCUUUUUCCCCCACCCUGUAGACAGGUGUCUCUAUCCCUGGACAUCUUAGAACUUACUCUGUAGACCAGACUGUCCUCAAACUCAGAUUCACCUGCCUUUGCCUCCUAAAUGCUGGGAUUAGAGGCAUGCGCCACCGCUGCCCAGGCACAACUGUACUUCUUAUCACUAAUUUUCGAUAGUGUGUGCCAAAGUGAUGAGAAAUAAAGCUGCUACUGGACUAGCCGAAUCUAAAAGCAGGUGUCUGCUUUCUCCUUCUGGUUCCCACCCCCACCCCCUGCCAUUCUGAGGUUUUUCCUUUUUAAAAUGUGUACGGGUGUUUUGCCUCAUGCAUGUGUGCCCCACUUGUAUGCCUUUGUCCUUGGAAGCCAGAAGAGGCACCAGAUUCCCAAAAACUGGAGUUACAGAUGGAUGUAAGCCAACACGCCGAGGGCUGGAAGCCAAACCUGGGUCUCACUGCAUAGCUCUGGCUGGCCUGGAAUUCACUAUACAGACCAGGCUAGCCUCAAACUCCCCCUGCCUGUCUCUUUAGUAAAAGAAUCUUUACUCUCUGAGAACUAAGGACACCCAUUGUAGUUGGCUGAGUGACUGUAUUGGCAGUCACAUAGAAAAGCUAUGGAUCACUUGGUCUUUAAAAAAAAAAAAACUUUCUAGAAUUGAGUAUUUUGCCUGCAUGCACGUGCACCUGGUUUUUUGAAGGGCAGAAGAGUACAGUACUUCUCCUGGAACUGGAGUUACAAACAGCCAUGAGCCUCCACAUGGGUAUUGGAAAUAAAACCUGACUCCGCUGCGAGAGCAACAAGUGCUCUUACCCACUGCAGGGUCUCUACAGCCCUACUUGGGUUUUUAAGUCACAUGAAUUCAUUCAAGAAAAACUUAAAAAAACACCUUAACUUCUUAGAAUUUACAAACCUCCAUAUUAGUCUUGGAAAAUGCAGCAGGCAAUAAGAGUAACAGAGAACUUGGUAUCAAUCCUUAAUUCAAGUAGCAAAUUUUAAGGUUUUAUUGUCUGGGUGCCAUUAGACUAGGCUGGCCUCACACUGGCAGUGAUGCUCCUGCCUCUGCCUCAAGAAUGCUGGGAUUAAGGUGCGCACUACCAUGCUCAGUUCAGUUAUGGUUUCUAACCAAUUAACAGCACUGUUUUGUGUUUUUGAGACAGGUCUCAUAUGCAGUCCUAGUUGACCUUAAACAUUCUCUCUCAGGACAACCUCCAAGUCUUGAUCCUCCUGCCUCAACUUCAAGGGUUACAGGAUGUACCACCACAUAGCCAACUAAAACCUUUACUUAAUGUGGUUCCAGGGCUGGAGAUGGCUCAGCGGUUAGAGCACUGCCUGCUUUUUUCCAGAUGUUCUGAGUUCAAUUCCCAGCAAUUUCAUGGUGACUCACAACCAUCUGAGAUCUGGUGCCCUCUUCUGGCCUGCAGGCAUACAUGCAGACAGAACACUGUAUACAUAAUAAAUCUUUUUUAAAAAUGUGUUUCCAUUAAGCUAAACUUAGAACAUGUUCCUCCUUCCUAAAAUUGCCUUGCUAAGCAAAUGUAAAGUUCCUAGCCCAAUGCUUCCUACUGCUACACUUGGGGGGUUGGGGAGCAUGUGAAGUUACCCAUUUUAAUUGAUCAUAUGAAAAUCAUUAGGUCACUCAAGUGAUAGCAAAUGCAUUGAGAUGCUCCAAUACACAGGUUGGGGAUAUGGCUCAGUGGAACUCAGUACUUUCCUAGCACACAAGAUCCUAGGUUUGACUGCUGAUACUGAAGGCUGAUUUUUUUUUUCUUAAGUUUAUAUAUAGUGUUCUGCUUGCAUGUAUGCCUCCACAGCAGAAGAGG